GUUUUCGGUGUAUGCACUGAGUGCGAUUGAAAAAACGUAAACAAAUGGAAGUUGACGAGUAAUUUCCCUCCAAAACGUUUCGUCUGCGAUUUCCCAUGGAUUAAACCGGUCACCGUAUUUUUAACAAUUAAAAGGGGUUAUGUCUGAAUAUCAAAACCUAAUCAACUUUUUAAUUGUUAAAUGUCGGAUAACGGAUCAAUGAGUGGAUUUACAGAAAAAUGUCAGAAGAAAUAUUUAUUCACAAUUCCAUCAGCUUCAAAAAAGAUUAAAUACUGAAUCAUGGUGACUGAAGAGACCGUUGAACCUCCGAAAAAGCCUCCACCGUCGUUCAAAUCCUCGACCUUUCAGCAGACAUUCAGGCCGAUCUCUGUAUCAGGAAAGAAACGAACCUGGAAGUCAUUAAAACAAGUUCUAGCCCAGGAACGAACAUUACCCUGGCCCCCAGAGGCAGUUCACUACAGUUCAAUUAACGCUCCACCAAGCUUCAAACCUGCCAAAAAAUACUCAGACAUCUCAGGAUUACCUGCACGAUAUACAGAUCCCCAAACAAAAUUGUACUACGCAACGGCCGAUGAAUUUUCAACAGUGCGUAGUCUUCCAAUGGACAUAACAGCUGGGUACUUGGCCCUCCGUGGUGCAUCAAGUAUCGUAGGUUAAUAAAACGCCCAAAAAUUUCACAAUUGCUGCAAUUUAAAUCCAGAUUAUCCAUAAAUUAUUGUUCUCGUAAACUCCCAUUUUGAUAUUUCAUACAUUACACUCAUGUCGUUAAAAAAGUUUGUCCAUUACAAUUUAAUAAAUCUUAUUUACUGACGAAUCUACGCGUAAUAAUGGGAUGAUUGGAUGGGACAUUGGAUUCUCAUCGAUUCUAUUGUUCGCCCGGUUUUUUUGUUUUCGUUUUAUUAUCUUAAGUUACGUCAUUUGUCUAACCCCCCCCUGGCAUAUGUCACAAGAGUUGUCUCAGUUACAUAUUUUCAUGCAGAGCCCUUGUGGUACUCACAAUGGGCAUUGACUUUUGCUUAAAAUGUCCAUCGAGGCCUAACUUAAGAAUCACGCAUUCACGGUGUGCACAAUUACUUCUUUUUUUUUUGUCAUUCAAAAUGUUGUAACACGUUUUUGAGAGGAUUUAAAACGCUUUUUUUAUGGCUUUUAAUUUUAUUUAUCGAGUGUAUUUGGUCUG